AUGACGAACCAACAACACGUAGACAUCAAACAAGGAACGCUCGACCUCGAACGUAAGCCGUCCAUCGAGAUGAUUGAGGAUGCGGAAGAUCUCAAGAAGCCUAUAGACGCUGUAACGAAUGAGGUGAUCGAGGUGACGGAAGAAGAUAACGCCCGCCUCAGAAGGAUGAUCGAUAAGAGAGUACUACCUGUCUUGGUUUGGUGUUACCUCUUACAGAUCCUAGACAAGUUUGUCUUCGGCUACGGCAAUGUAUACGGAAUGAGUACCUCUCUCGGUCUCAAAGGUACAGACUACUCGCUGGCUUCGACCAUGAACAACGUCGCUCAGGCAGCUUGGAUGCCAUUCAGCACAUACCUCAUCGUCAAGGUACCCGCCAAACUUCUGAUGCCCGCGUUGAUUGUCGGCUGGGGUACGGCUCAAGCUUGUAUGGCUGCGUCACACAAUCUGGGUGGAUUAGCAGCGGCGCGAUUCUUUUUAGGCUUGUUCGAAGCCGGAUGUCUCCCUUUGUUUUCAGUGAUCACCGCACAUUGGUAUAGACGUUCUGAGCAGCCCAUCCGAGUCGCUGCAUGGUACUCAACAGUGGGGGUUGGCCAGAUUUUCGCAGCUAUCAUAGCCUUUGGAUUCGGGAAGGUCCACUCUGACAAGCUCGAAUCUUGGAGACUCAUCUUCAUCGUAGUCGGGGCGAUCACUGUUCUGUCCGCCCCACUGGUAUGGUACUUCCUCGAAGCGGAUAUUCAAGAAGCAAAGUUCCUCAACGAGCGUGCAAAAGCCAUGGCUAUCGAACGAGUUCGUGCCAACCAAACCGGUACUGGUACCAGAGAGUUCAAAUGGGCUCAUAUAUGGGAAGUCUUGUAUGAUCCAAAAACAUACCUUUUUGGUGGUCUAUCACUGUGCGUCAACUUCGGAGCUACCGUUGCGACAGCUUUUGGACCGACUCUACUGAAAGAUAUGGGUUUCACCAAGGAGACCGCUUCCCUGCUCAAUGCUCCUUUCGGUGCCCUACAAUUCCUGACCAUCUGGCUCGGAUCAUACCUAACCCAACGCUUCAAGCAAAAAGGAAUCAUCCUUGCAGCGAUGAUGACACCAGUAUUGCUCGGAGUCGCUCUGCUUUACCAAGCCAACAUCGUCGAAGAGCGUAAACUGCACAUGGCUUUGGGUGCUUAUUACUGCUUGUCUUUCAUCUGGAGCGGCAAUCCCAUCAUUGUCAGCUGGAUGGUGGCUAACACCGCUGGUCAAACAAAGAAGAGUGCCAUUUUAUCGGUCUUCAAUGGCUUCAACGCUAUUGGAAGUAUCGCGGGCCCACUCUUGUUCAACUCUCGAGAUUCGCCUCGAUACAUUCCUGGUCUUCGUGCUACUCUUGGUGUCUUCUCUGCUAUGAUGGGCUGCAACGCUAUGUGUUUUGCAGUCCUUUAUCUUCUCAACAAGCAAAGAGAAAGACAAAGAGUCGGAGCUGGUAAGCCUGCAAAGAUCCGAGACACUUCCAUGUUGAAUAAAUACGAGACCUACGCACAGGGCGAAGGACUUGGAGAGAAUGCUCUCAAAGAUCUGACUGACUUCAAAAACAACGAGUUUACCUAUGUUUACUAA